AUGACCGUGCUUAACAUCAGCAAACUCAGUUUCUAUGUUUUACUCCUGUCAGUUGCCUUCGCACAGAUCCUAGUGGUCAGUGCACAGGACGGCAUCGUAGUGGACGACAACGGCACUCUGGAGGGCAUUAGAUACCCUGUUACUUUGUUCAUGUACAGCGAUUCUAAUCGGUCCACCCGGGGGUACUACUUUGAUGAAACGAUGAUCUUGCAGGGCUUAAUUUGUCGGAGCGACUUCAGACUCCAAUGUCGAAGCGAGGCCUGCAUGUGCGGCAGCAUCAUGAUUGUGGGCCAUACCUUCGCCAAUGUUGAAAGUGCUGAGGAAGAAAUUGUGAAGAUUGAAUCUCGCUGUCAUUCUUGCUGUUGCCACGGACAUACGCAGUGGUUGGUUCAAAAGUGUGCUGACGAGAGCUUCGUGCAGAAGGGAUUCACCGCGCUCGACCGGUCGGGAUAUAUGGGUACCCGUAAUGAUGGUCCAAUCCUGGAAACGAUGAUUAGUACAUAUCAGAAAGGGCGAUCUGUUGUUCGUGCUUCUCGAUCGCAUCCCUUACAUCCGCUGGCCAGUGUUUCGUUCCCACAGUGCCAUGGACAAGGCUCCACCAGUGAGGAUGAGGCGUUUGAGGCCCGCGGGAUAUCUUUGACCGGCGUAGUGCGCCCAUAA